AUGGGAGUUCACUUGCAAGAAGAAAUAAUUAUAGACAUCCUCAUCAAGUUACCUGUGCGGUCUCUUCUUCGAUUCAAAUGUGUCUCAAUGCUUUGGAUGACAUUGAUAUCGGAUCCUUACUUUACGAUGAAACAUUUCAAUUAUGGGAAGAAUAACCAACAUUCCCCCAAAAUUCUUGUUCUUAAUGGUGAGUUUCGCUCUCAUUGUUCUUCUUUAUCAACAGCUUUGUUAUCAUCGGUUCAAUUGGUUGAAGAUGUACAAAAACUUGAUUGGCCUUGUAAUCGUAGACCAUUGAGUUUCAGAAUGUAUUGUUGUUAUGAUGGCUUGGCUCUCAUCAAGGUUCGUGAUUAUCCUUGUUAUGAACGCCACAUACUUUUACUAUGGAACCCCUCUACGAGAGAAUCAGUAGUACUUCCUCGUACAGAAUUUUCAGUGAUAAGUGAUUAUGAUUGCGGAUUGGGAUAUGACUCAGUUAGUGGUGACUAUAAGAUUCUUAAGAUUGAUCAAAGAGCUCGUUCUGAAAUUCUCACACUAAAAAGUGGUUCGUGGAGAAAAAUUGAUGAACGUCCUAUUGGUGUUCACCCCGUGUUGUCUGAUAUGGAGGACUCUUUAGCAUUUGUAUAUGGAGCAUUUCAUUGGCUUGAUUCAUCACUAAAUAAUUCUUUGGUUUCAUUUAGUAUUUCAAAUGAGGUGUACAGAGAGAUACCGUGGCAAGAGGGAAUGUCCUUGGUUUUCCAUACGCAUUACAUAAAAUAUGGCCUUUCUGUAUUGGAAGGAUUACUUUGUGUUUAUUCUACUCAUGUUUAUCGCGGGAUCUACACAUUCAAGUUAUCAGUAAUGAAAGACUACGGAAUCAAGGAAUCUUGGAUUCUACUGUUUGAUAUACAAGGUACUGAUCUUCAUUCAAUCAUACCAAAAUACAAGUUUUCAGACGGUGAUGUGUUACUCCGUUGCAGACACGUGGAACGUAAAGGUGUUGUAUUGAAGACAUCCAAAGAAUCAUCUGGCUUAUGGCCUCAAUCUGAUUCAGAAUGUAUGCAGAACGGAUUCGUUUUUACAGAAAGCUUGAUCUCUCCAAAGCUAUUACUUACUUAG